CAGAAUAUUGCACAAUUAUUUCAAGUAUGGCAGAGAUGUUAAUGAUCAGUGUCCAGUUUAGUGACUUCGGGUCAUACAGACCGACACUUAGAGGGAGGAGUUAAAGAGUUUGAUGGCCACAGGCAGGAAUGACUUCCUGUGGGGCUCUGUGGUGCAUUGUGGGGGGAUGAGUCUUUCACUGAAGGUGCUCCUUUGCUUGAGCAGCACGUCAUGGAGCGGGUGGGAGACACUGUCCAAGAUGGCGUGUAGUUUGGAUGUGCAGAUGUUGAGCCCGCUCCUUGGCGGUGAUGGGGGCUACCAGAGGAUGCAGUAGGUCCAAGUCCAGUAGAGGAAAGAAGAGGACUGAUGGGAGUCCAGGUGUGGCAGGGAGCCCGAAUGCCUCUUCUCUGUCUGCCAGGCAAAUGUGUUUGUUGUCGAUUGACUGGCGGUGUUAAAAGAUGCAGCACUGCAGCUUCGUGGCAUCCAUCCAGUUCCUUAAUCUCUGAUCUCAGCUUGUUAGAGGCGUCCCUAAAAGGGCAGGUGGGGGAGACUGAUAAGGCAAACUGUUGGUGACCUCGCUGGCCUCAUCAGUCUCACCAGCACAGACAGGAGAGAGCCGUCGUCUCUCUUUAUCAGCGAGUUUCCAGAUGGCGUCCCUGUUUGGAUUUUACAUCUCACUUCAUCCCAGAUCUCAGUGAGAGGACGUCUUCAGCCCAUGAAAACUGUGAUCCUGCCGUCCAAAAUGAUGUUGAGAGGAAAACCUCUGACGGCUGCAGCUUUGCUGAUACUUGUGAUGAAUGUCUUCAGAGGACAGACCCUCACAUGUCAUCGAGCAGAGUAUCUGAUAGAGAAUAAAUGCUGUCCAAUGUGUCCUCCUGGAAGUCGAGUUAAAACAGAUUGCACAGAGUUCAGAAAUACUGCCUGUCUGCCCUGCGAAGAGAAAACCUUCAUGAAUCAGCCUACUGGACGUAAACAAUGUUUUCCCUGUACAAACUGUGAUGCAGAUUCUGGUUUAAAGACAAAGACGUCAUGUACAACAACAUCAGAUGCAGUUUGUGAACCACUGGAGGGAUUCUACUGUGUGGACUCUGCAGACGGCGGCUGUGUGGCCACACAGAAACACACAAGCUGUCGACCAGGACAAUACAUCCGUCAGAACGGAACAGCAUUAAGAGACACAGAGUGCUCUGACUGCAGUGGGGGGACAUUUUCAGAUGGGACAUUUACAUCCUGUCGGCCACACACACAAUGUGGAUCAAUAAAUCUUCAGCUGGUGAGAGCAGGAACUGCUUCAGCUGAUGCUGAAUGUGGAGAACAAAGUUCAGACACGACAGGAACUGGGAUCAUUGUUGCUGCUGUUGUUGUGCUUUUUUUAUUAAUUGGAGCGCCUGUAGCUGUAUGGUUCAUAAAGAAGAAAAGAUGCCAAAACAAAAGAAAAGCAAAUGCAGAAAAUCCCCAACAGGAGCCUCUGAGUGGAGAAGACAACAAGACGUGUUCACAGCAGCAGGUUGAGACACUUCCUGUUUAAACAUGCAGACAGGACGCAUCAAAGUGAAUGAAACUGGACUUUAACUGUCAUGAACAAGAACAAACAGCUGGAACAGAAGACGGAUACGACGAGUCCUGAACUGCAACACGAUGGUUACUCUGAUCAAAAGCAGAGAGGCUGGAUUGUGUGCACUGUGCACGUCCAACCCCAGGUGGGUACAGGUGCAGCAGCAAAGCAGCGUAUGGUAGAGAGAGAGGUAGUCCACAUGCUGAAUAAUAUUCUGGUUAAUUGUAAGUAUGAUGGGGGCACGCAGGUAGCUCUCCUGGUAGAGCGCGUACCAUCAGGGCUGAGGUCCAUCACUGCAUGCCAUUGCUGGGGUUUACAACGGUUAAAGGGGGGCACCCACUUGUGUAGGUACGAUCAAUUAAUUAUGGCUAUCAGAAUUAUCAAAGAUAAUCAUAAAUAACUAAUGAAUAAAGUCCUGAAAUAAAGCCAAUGAAUUGAUUGAGUCUCAUAAAAUACACUAAACUACCAAUUUGGAACUCAGAUUAAUAAUUAAAUUAAUAACUAUAACCAGAAUUACCACCAAUGGCUAGUAGGUUGAAGGAUUUGGAGUUCAACAUAGAAGAGGUUGUGCAAUAUUAAAGAAGAUAGCAUAAUAUAAUUACACACAAGCAUUUAUUUAAAAGAUUAACAAAGCAAUUUGCUGCUGUUAAUCUACAGUAGUUACGAAGACUCAGUAACAGAAGGACAGUAGUUAACAGUCUCAUCGCAGGAAGAGUCGCUGCGGACGUGACCUGAUGUUUACGGGAAAAUCUGGAUCCUAGUUUGGAACCAUUGUUGUGAAUUAAUGUCGCCAUGAAAGUUUGAGACCAGUCUCAUGUUUACAAAAUGUUCAGCGGUUUUCAAAGACGACCGACUUUCGGUCACUUUGUCUGAUGUGUACUGUAAAUGAACCACAUCCUGUGAGAUGUAAAAUGACACAAAGAAGGUUAUAUUUUGAAAAACCAACUUAGUUAUUUAAGCCCUUAUGACUUGGAAAAUAAUAAUGACAAGAGGCUCAUUUUCUCUGUGUGAACAGACUGAAAUAGGCAAAUGUUUGCUAAAAUGUUACCAUAUCAAGGAGUAUGCAUAAGUAACUAUUCUGUGCUCUGCUCCCUUUAAGGAUGAAACCUAUUUUUACAGAGAGCCUUUUCUUCACCACUUUUAUUUCUUUUGGGCUUAAUUUCCCAUAUGUGUGUUUCAAUGUUUAAUUGUGAUUUUACUUUUCAUUAACAAGUCUAGCUAAUGCACACCUGGUAGACAGGUGUGAAGGAACGCAGGACACUGAGCUUCUUAAAGACACAAUAUUUUGGACCUUUUCAACCUUUUCUUUCACAGCUUUUCAUCAAUAAGAAAUAUUAUAGUUUAUAAACCAUCAGCUUAUAAGCUAUGAUGCUUUGUUGGCAAUAACUAUAAGCAACAGUAUAUUAAGUAGUUAAUAUUAGUCUGUUGUUUAAUGUAUCUCAUUGUAUUGUUUUAAAUUUAUUUAAUUUUACUUUGCUUUUUAUUGUUUUGAAUGUUGUUCUAAUGCAUUCCUUCACUUUGUGUUACACACUUUGAACUGCCUCUGUGUUUCAAAGCUGCAAUACAAAUAAAGUUGCCUUGCCUUGACUAACUCA